CUACUUGCUAUAUACAUGAGCAGAGGAUUGCUCAGAGCGCUCGGUACUGAGUAUACUGAUCGUACCAAGUAUACUGCUCGUACCGAGUAUACUGACCGUGCCGAGUAUACUGCUCGUGUCGAGUAUACUGCUCGUGCUGAGUAUACUGCUCGUGCCGAGUAUACUGACCGUGCCGAGUAUCGCCGACGCGGCCUCACUGCUCGGGUCGCUUGAGUUGCUCAACUGAGAAUGAUGAUCAUACUGAGUAUCGCCGACGCGGUCCCACUGCUCGGGUCGAUCGAUGCUACAGUUCUUCGGCUUCUCUCGUAUCGUUGCGUAGUCCUGUUCGUUCAGUGUUGUUGCGGGUUGCCCUUUGAUCGUAACACAAAGUUGCGUGAUGUCGUUUCAGUGUGAUCUGCUGUGAGGUCGCUGUAGACAGGGGACUAGAUAUGGGACGAAAAGGGUAUAUUGUAGUAAG